UGCCAAGUCUCUUGCAGACUCUCUCACUCUGUUUUUAUCAGUGCUUUGUCAGAAAGCAACAAAAUCAGAAAUCUAAAGUUUAAGGUAGAUUGUGAAAAAAUAACAAGAAAAGCUGUUUUGAGGUUACGGUUUUGGUGUUCUGUUAUCAUUCGCAGUUUGGAUUACGACGAAUAUUGGGAUACACAGCUGUAUACUUCUGCGCUGGGAACUGUCACAACUGAAACUAGUGGAUGUAUGGAAACAGAAAAUUAUAAUUAAUACUCUGGGAGACAUCGUAAAAAAAACAACAAGAAUUUCCCUUUGGCUGCCCAGUAACACAUCCACCUGACCAAGCUAAAUGUAGAGGUAUACCCAUGAAACAACUAUGGAGACCAAAAGACACCAACACUUCCUUGAAACAAUAAACAAUGAGAGAAGGUGGGGUCAGGUGCCUCAAUCAAUGGAGAACAGCUGUUCUUUGGAUGGGAAUCAGACCGAAGAUAGUGCAUUGAUGGACAGCCUAAAUGUCACAACUACUGGCUUCAAGGAAAAGGGUGGAAAAAAGUCAGAAGAGGCUCUGGCUUUUCAGCAUUCGAAUCAGAAAUUUGUUUUCCCAGCUUUAAAUAACAACACAAAUAUUAAGCUGGAGACAGACUCCAAAGAACUUUCCAAAACUGUGGCUGAGUCUAUGGGCUUGUAUAUGGACUCUGUAAGAGAUAUAGAUUAUAGUUUCAGCCAACAGAAUCAACAAGGACAUUCAAGCCCUUUGAAGGGUUAUCCAAACAGUGGGCAGCUGGUUUAUAAAAGCGAAGAGAAUCUGUCUGCGUCAGCUACGAGCUCCAAAAUUAACACUUUGGGUUCACUUAUCUCAUCCCCUUACUCUGCAAUCUCCAACCUUUCUAAUAGUAAUUCUAUGGAAUGCUCAGCCAGCAGCCCAGCCAGCACCAGCAAUAUGGCUGCUUCUGUUUAUAGUCCCCAGAACACAAAGGCCUCUAUUUCCAGCCCUGUCAGUAACAAUCUGGUGUCUUCAACCACCAGCCCUCUUGUGGAUCCUUCCACUACUGUGAGCAGCCCCAUUGACUACAGCUCUGGGGUAUCAAACCUUGGUAAUGUACAUGCAAGAAACUCUGCUGCUUGUAGCCCAACAAAUACCAGUAAUAUGGGCUCUCCACUUUCAAGUCCUCUCAAUACCAUGAGAUCGCCCAUCUCAAGUCCCCAAAGUAUGUGCAGUGUGAAAUCUCCUGCCUCGAGCUCUGCUAACAUGAGAUCUUCUGUACCAAGCCCUAUUGGUAAAAACAUUAACAAUAACAAUAUGAGAUCCUCCAUUUCAAGUCCUUCAGCUGUGGCAAACAUGUCAGUAGUGAGCCCUCCAUAUAGCUCGACAGGGUUUCCCAUCUCCAGCCCUGUUGGUGGACUUGGUCUGGUUCAGAAUGAUAUUAACAGCCCAGGUGACAGAGACCAGGAUAUGAAAAGGUUUGAAUUUCCAAAGGUUGAAAAAACAGAUGGUGAAAUAUAUAGUUGUGGGUUAGACGUGAUGGGCAAAUUCAUAAAAAAUGAACCUGGCACUGGUUUUGGUAACAUGUGUCUCUUAAGUGACAACAGGCCAAACCUACCCAGUCCUCAUUUUGUCACACAUAUUAAGAAUGAAUCAGAUAAAGGCUCAUCUUGCCUGAAUGCUCACUAUAACGGACAGCAGCAACCUUUAAUUCCCUUCCCUGUUUCAGAAACCACUUACUUGUCUUUGAGGGACAAUGUAGACGAAUACAGCCUUUCUGGGAUUUUAGGACCACCUGUUGCUUCAUUAAAUGACAAUUACGAACAUGAGGCAUUUUCUAACAAUGUCCUGCCUAAGAGAAUUAAACAGGAGCCUGCAGAUGGCUGCUAUUACCAAGAGAAUAAUAACAUGCCGACAUCAGCUAUUGUUGGAGUUAAUUCAAGUGGACAUUCAUAUCAUUACCAGAUUGGAGCGCAAGGAGCAAUGUCUUUUUCACAACCUGACGCGAGAGACCAAUCAAACCCUCCUCUCAAUCGAAUUUCAAUGGGUACGGCUGUGAUGGAGGCAUGGAAGUCUCACCCUGGCCUAUCGCAAGGCUCUCUGCCAUCAAGAGGCGAUGGCUAUCUGCUGCAAAGAUGUUUUCCAGAAAACAUGAGCUCGUCCAUGAGAAAUUCCUCUUCCAGUUCAUCAGCACCUGCAAAGGUGUGCUUGGUGUGUGGGGACGAGGCGUCUGGAUGUCACUAUGGGGUCGUUACCUGUGGCAGCUGCAAGGUUUUCUUCAAAAGAGCCGUAGAAGGACAGCACAACUACCUGUGUGCAGGAAGAAAUGACUGUAUUAUUGACAAGAUUCGACGGAAAAACUGCCCUGCUUGCCGGGUACGGAAGUGUCUCCAGGCUGGAAUGAACUUAGGAGCACGGAAGUCAAAGAAGCUGGGGAAAAUAAAAGUGGUAAAUGAAGAGCUGCCGCUACGGAGCCCAAAGGAAGGCCAGACACUCUUGACUUCAGAGAAGGAGUUAAGUACCAGCACCACUCUUGUCCCUCACGUUCCCGGUGUGAUGCCAUACCUUCCUCCAUCCAUCAACAGUGUCCUGGAAAUCAUUGAACCAGAAGUCGUGUAUGCAGGCUACGACAACACCCAGCCUGACACAACAGACCACCUGCUCUCCAGCCUCAACCAGCUGGCCGGGAAGCAGAUGAUAAAUGUCGUCAAGUGGGCGAAAGUACUUCCAGGAUUCAGAAGCUUGCCAAUUGAGGACCAAAUUACCCUCAUUCAGUACUCUUGGAUGUGUCUUUCAUCAUUUGGACUCAGCUGGAGAUCAUAUAAACAUACCAACUCUCAGAUGUUGUAUUUUGCACCUGACCUUGUCUUCAAUGAGGAGCGGAUGCAGAAGUCAGCAAUGUACGAUUUGUGCCAGGGGAUGCGGCAGGUGAGCCAGGAGUUUGUGCGGUUGCAACUUACCCACGAAGAGUUUCUUGCCAUGAAAGUACUGUUGCUGUUGAGCACGGUUCCCAAAGACGGUCUCAAGAACCACGCUGCGUUUGAGGAAAUGAGAGUAAACUACAUUAAAGAGCUGAGGAGGUCUGUGGGUAAGGCUACCAACAACUCUGGACAGACGUGGCAGAGGUUCUACCAGCUGACUAAACUGCUAGAUGCCAUGCAUGAACUGGUGGGCAGUCUGCUCGAUUUCUGCUUUUACACGUUCCGAGAGUCCCAUGCCCUGAAAGUGGAGUUCCCCGACAUGCUGGUGGAAAUAAUCAGUGACCAGAUACCAAAGGUGGAAGCUGGCAUGACCCGGACACUGUACUUUCAUAAGAAGUGACUGAAAGUUAGAGCAUCUUCAAGAAGGACUUUGCCUUAAAGUGUCCUGUUUUAUUCCCCACCCACACGCUCUUCAGCUCCAGAGCUUGUCUGGUGGGAAUGACCAAGGAGAAGGAGGGUUUAAUUCUUGCACUGAAUUCUUUUUUUAUUUUUAUUUUUUUAGCAUAUACCCCCAAAGACUAUGACAUGGAUAAAAAGCCAUAUAUAGUUGUUGUCGACGCCCCCAACUUAAACCCUGGUAAAGUUUAAUUAGCUACUGUGGCUUUCGUGUUUUUUUUUUUUUUUUUUUUUUAUUUAAGUUUACAGUGUGGAGGAAACCAAGAGGUUGACUGCAUUGUACAAAUUUACCCAACUCCAAAACCAGAUUUGUGUUUCUGUUUUGAAAGUGAAUGCGUUCAAGGCACCUGAAAAGGUCAGAGCAUUAAUUGAGCAGGUUUGUCCAUUUUGGUGACCUUUCCAAAGGGCUAAAAUUACUGUAUUUGUUUCAUGAUUUAAAUACAGAAAAAUAGAAAUUGUUAUUUCAGUUCAUUCCUAAAGGGGAGUAAUGCACACAAACAUAUUUACACACACACACACACACACACACACACACACACACACACACACACACACAUAUCAGAAUAUAAAAGCUUGCAUUUAAAUGUAAAAUACACUAUAAUAAAACUGCUAACAAAGAUUAUCUAGCUGAAAUUGCCAUUUUAUCCUUUUUAUGUUUUAUAAUAACAUCCAUUUGUUAUUGUAAAUCUAUUUCCAGUAACACUGAGUAUAUUAUCAUAAUGAGAGCUAUAUUGCAGUGGCUGAAGAAAGAUAUUUAAAUAUGUGUUGAAAAUAAACGUAUGGUAGGAGGGGAAUUGAAACCUGAGCCCACUUGCUGUAUCACUAUAUAAGCUAAAUAAUAAAUUGCUUUACAUAUUAGGAAUUUAUUAACAAUGCUACUUUAAUUUUAAAAUAUUUAUAUUUAGUCUGAUAAAUCACCAAAGUAAAACCAGCUUUUCAUGAGUAAUUAAUUAAUCAAUAAUACUUUAUUUCAAGGUUCUAGUAAUAAAACAUUUGUAAAUCUAUCAAUAUGCAUUUUAUAAAAUGAUGUAAACACAUUUUCUAAACAGGUGCUUAUUUUGUUACAACAAAGCAGAUAUAUACAUGGAACACGUAUCAGAAAACUUAGUGUUGAUAAUCGUGUUUAUGACAACCUUGACACAUUAAUACUGGAACCUGUAAAUCAAGUUGUACAAUAAAAGGAAGAUUAGUUUGGCAAUUUGUGUUUUUAUCUGCAAAAGCUGCCAAAUGUUCAUAAAAAGCAAUUGUUUAAAACACUUUAAAAACAGUUUAAUAUUGUAAAAUAAAUACUGACAAACCCCUCCCUCCCUUUGGACCUUUAGAUUUCUUACCAACCUCUGAAAUUAAGUAGCAAGAACAGGCCGUUUGAAAAUGGAGCAGGAGCACAGACAUUUUGACAAUUAGGGCAAAUUGAAACUGAUCCACUUUAUCUUCAGGGCAUUUUUCUUUUUAACUCUAGUAUUAUGUACUUCCUAUUGCCUACCUUAAGAAGGGUACAUGUGGUUAUGGGGCAUUAGUAUUAAUUUAUUGUAUAAACGUGUAAGGAAGAUGGUGUGGAAUUAAGGAGCUUUUUCACCUAUGAUGCUGUAGCUGCUGUUUAACGUGACCCAACAAUGAGGGGCUUCAGGAUUGGUUCAUAUUUUAACCCACAUUAUGGGGGAAUUGUUACAGCAAAUGACAGUGUGAAAAACAAAAUAAUUACUUUUGCAAGCUUUUACAAAUUAUUUUUGCAAUCUUUUGCGGCUCUGUAUAUUGCUAUGUGUUUUCUUUUUUUUUUUUGGGGGGGGGGGGGGGGGGGGGGGGGGUUUGAAUGACCUGAAAUAAGCUGUUAUGGAUUUUUUUAAAUAAAUGAGACAACAACAACAAAAAAACUUUAAUGGUUAAUAGGAAGAAUGGUAGAGUAUUUUUGAAAGAAUUCUAUUUUGCUGGAUAAAUACUAUUUAAGUAAUUUGUCUAAAAAAAGUAUUUUUUUUUGUAAAGUGAAAUGUUUAUGCAUGCUUAUUGAAGAGAUGUUUACAGUGUAUUUACGAAAGGGAAAGUUGUGCCUUUUUAUCUUAUCUAACCAUUUGCAUUGUCUGUUGUAAAUAACCACAGUGUUAUUGGUAACUAUCAAGCAUUUGUACUUUGUGUAUUGUUUGACAAUAUUUGUAGUAGGGUUGGGAUAAUAUUGAAAAUCUCUGAAAUUAUAAUUGCGGGAUAAAAAAAAUUCGAUAAUUGCAAUUAUCGUGGUGUUUGCUCAUUUAGAUUCCACUGGUUAUACAAAUACAAAAUACCGAGGACAGGUUACCUGGGAUAACUAAGUGUCUGGUUUAAAAAAACAAAACAGAAACACAUGCACAUUUAUAUUACUCAGUUUAUUUUAAAUGUAUUUACCUUUUUGCUAAUAAAAACCGUUGUGUUCUUUGUACACAUUACAUCAAGAAUGACUGUAUAUAGUAUAUAAAUAGUAAAGUCAAAUGAAUGCCCAGAGCAUUAUUUUACUUUAGCCAAUAGGCUACUGUAAAUAAGAACAGUAAGAUACAAAGUAAAUCAUGCCUUCUCUGUACACAUUACUGUAGAAUUUGGAAAUAAUAAAAUAUUAUUUUAAGUUGACACUAAAGGAAUUUAGCACACUUUAUUUUUACCCAACUACUUAAUAGUACACAAAACAACAAAAUAGUUAAUGUUGCCGCAUUAACAAGCUAUGAUACCAUACAGUACCUUACAUAUACUGCGCACAAAGAAAUAAUAAAUCAAUUAUAAAUUUACAUAGAAUAGUUUACAGUGUAUGUGUGGCUGCAAGAAAAACACACAGCCUACCUGCUAUUUUAUAAAAUAGUCCAGAAUUGUUUUCUGUUGGUAUGAUAUAAGCCCCUUACAUACUGCCACUCCUACCUGGAUCCUGACCCAGGUUCUGGCUCCCUGGGUCAUAAUCCUGUGUGCUGUGAAACCACAUACCUGGGUUGUACCCAGGUUGACCUGGGUCCCACUGACCCACCUCAGGAUGUGGAUUGACAUGCUUUGACCCGGGUUGAGCGAGACAAAAUGCAUGACGGACGUUCGUAAGCCGAGGAAAUAAUAAACAGCCAGGCCUGCGUGAAGGUUUCACUUCCGCAAGGAACGUUUCUGUUUAUUCUGUUUAGCCAUGUUUUUGUUACUUGAGACAC